GUAGGUCGGUGAAGACCCGCGCAGCUUGUUUUGGUUUCGAUUUUGCUAUUGUGUUGCGUGUGUCCAAAAUAGAUUUAUCGGUCAAAUUCUUGUUUUUCAAAACUUUUGCGACUGUCUACGUUUUUCUCAUAUGAUGCGGACAAGAAACCGAGGUCAGAAAAGAUCUAUUGUAUCAUCGCUAGGAUUGGGCCCAAAAUAUAGCAAACAUAAAAGUGUUGUUGAUCAUAAGUGCUCUGGUUCAAGACGAGGUCGUACUAGUACCUUAUUUUUACGGAGUCAACCAAGAACUCGUUGGUCAUCCGAAGUUACACGAACUUGUGUAGGGAGCAACCUGGGAAGACCAAAAAUUCGUAAGCGCGGUAGUCGGGGUCUUUGUGGAAGUAGUCGUUUGCCCUGUACGGUACACUUGGAAUCCAAAACUUGCAGUUUUUCGUCUGAUCCUCUAAUGCAUAACGUGUAUGCUACGCGAACAAAAAGUAAAGGUUGUGACGCAUUUUCUUCGAUAAAUAACAGUUCAACUCUGAGAUCUCGUAUAAGCAAAAUAAAAGUGGAAGAUGAGUCCAAGUUUGAUCUGUCGAAACCUAGUGUUGAGGUCGAGCCAAAACUUUACACUAGUAAUCCACCUGGUAGGCCAUUUAGUAGGGGAGUCAAAAGAGGACGUCCACGAUUCUCUAGAGGUCUUCCUCGGUCCAUUUGUGACACCGGAGCUAAUUCGACUAGUCAGUCGGUAGAUUUCAUAGCUAGUGGGACCACUGUCCAAAGUAGCUUCCCCAAGAAAUGUGAUUCUCCAGUACACAAUACUUCUGUUAUUGACUGUGUAGACCUGGAAAGUACAUUAAGGCCCGAUAAACCAAAUGGAGGCAGCUACAGAUCUGAUGACAACAGAUCAGACGUUAAAAAAGAAGGUAGUGAAAUUUCUGCUAAUUUACCUUUACCAACGAAACGACGACGUGGAAGACCUCCUCUUAAGCUGUGUUCUGCACUAUUUCCCAAAACCAGUGCUCCCAUAAAAUCUGAAAGCAAGGAAGUCACUCAAGAUGAAGUCCAGGAGUCAGUUUAUUUCCCUCAGGAUUCACAUCACUUAUAUCCAGAAAUCACUAAAGAACGGAGGUUUCCGAGUAUUGAUCUAGUGCGCACAUCAUGUACAGCUUCACCCUUUCAACUUCGUUUUGGUGCCACUGAUGAUGUUCUCCAAGAAGUAUUAAAUGAAGUAAAUGAAUAUGGUUUUGUAAAGUUACCUGUCAAACGUAUAAGAAAAGGUCGUCAAAAACCUACUACCCCACCUGGCAAGGUAGAUGAAGAUCAAUUUGUAAUGAGCUUCAAUUCUCCUUCAGUUGAAAGGAUUUUUGACUCCAUUUGCAAAGAAGACAGAUUAAAUGAUGACCUCGCUUCAAAAGAUUUAUUUUUAGCAAUGAGUGGCCUCUUGCGCCCAGGUGUUUGUGAAGUAUGGCGCAGACGACGGGAAGAUCGAAGUAAGCAGUUGAGUCGAAAUUUGAUGGGUCGUUUACGUCCUAAUCCUCGUCCACGACGAUACUCUGACAUGAUAUCUCAAAGUAGUCAUCAUUCCCAUAUUGAUGGUCUCAUCGCACUUGAUGGUAUUCACAAUAAUGAAAAAACUCGACAUCAAUCUACACGUUCGACUACUGUGUCAGCAGCGAGGUUGACUGCUGCUAAGAAGCUCAUUCGAGCCAAAUCACAUGUUCAGAGUAGCCUUCAGAUUACUCCUAUUAGGUCUCAAAGUACUGGAUAUGUAGAUGAAUUAUGUCUGGACUCAAGAGCAGCUCGGUCUGCACAUCGUACUGCUAAAAUGAACGUUUCUAUAUCAUCUAGAACUAGUCGCCAUCCAGACGUAAGUCAUCAUAUUGAUUGGAAGUUUUGUUAUGUCUCCUCAAGUAAGCAGAAUGAAGUCACGGGUCUUAGUAACAAUCUUCAGCGUCGCCAACGUCAAGCAAGUUUUACGUCAAAAGUUCGCAUGGAAAAUGUUGGUAACUUUUCACCUAUAAGGUCACUCGAUAAUAGCCCUUGUGAUCUGGAACAGUAUAUUCUGGAAGAUUCUUGUGAUAUUCGCAAAACAGACAUGGGAAACCAAAUACAACUAAAACCAGAAAGCCGGACUCAUCUUCAAAUUAGUAGUUCUAACAAUGCUGAAAGGUUCAAUUUAAAUUACAAUAAGUCCGUACAGUUAUCUGGUGAUCGGCGUCUCGAAAGACGUCGCAAAAAACGCCGUGCAAUCACGUUCCAGAGAAAGCGUCCAAAUGAACGUUUCUUGACUUCCCAUAGACGGGACAAUUGGUAUUCAGAGAAGACAUGUUUGCGUGACGAUUCUUCUGCAUCAUCUUCAACAUCCAAGUCUGGCAUAGUAGAUGCUUACGGAAGGUCUUUUCGCCAAGCAAGGUGGUACCAUCACCGUCCUCCUAAAAUUGGGCAUUCCGAACGAACAGGAUCAAGUUACUGUUGCCAUAGCGCUUUAGAGUCUCGUUCACCACGAAAGUCAGAGCGUUCAUUAAGUUCUCGGCGCAUCCAUACAAGUUCUAAGUUUAGUAGCCGCCGAAUCGUAUUACCAGAACCCAGUCAUAGUCAUGCGUCUCGUCAUCGCAUCCCUCGACGACCAGACAGGAUGUGCCAACUCACUCUUCUUGAUCGUUUAGUCUUGGGACUAAAUUGUAGUGUGUCGCAAAAUGACGAUGAAAUCCAUAUUAAACAACUUCAUGCAGAGGAAUUGAAUAUUCUUACACAACGUAUGAGCCGUACAGGUUUUUUUAUACAAUCUCUUGCUCUUCGACAAAAUGCUAACAACGAUGCUGAAUAUAACAUUGUCCUUACUUUCUCUUCUGAAAAUGAAGCAGGUAUAAGACGUACACGGUGUCCUAAUUCAUUGUUCCGCUCAAAGUUAGAUUCUCAUGAUAGAGCCUCAGUCUGUCGCUCUUUGUCGGUCUGCGAUCAGAAUGCCUGGAAAAAAGUCAAAAGUCACAAUCGUUCAAGGCGGAUUUCUUGUUUAGCCUCACGUCAUUCGUAUUUAUCACAUUCACGUCAUAUAAAUAAGUCCCAUCAUUAUAAAGAUCCAAGUGAUUUUUCGUUGCUUGUUGGAUAUCAGAGUGAUUCGGGUUUACUAAUUCAUCGCUCAACAAAUUAUGUACGAGAGUUCCAUUCUGAUUGUGAGGAGUCUGGAACACACCGGUAUAAACACUUUGAAAAAUUGAGUGUCAGAAGGAAAACCAGUCAUCAUGUUCUGUAUAAUGCUGAUAGUAAGCCAGGACAUUGCUAUUCUGUUCUCAGACCCCUUGAUAAAGCUUCACUUCAGCAUCUGCAAGUCAACUCGUCUUCUGGCUCGACUAAGAUAGAAGCUCAUCGCUCUUGCCUACCACUCGAACUUAGCUAUAUAACUGGUAAUACAGACGUACAUAAACGUCCAACAAUCUCGUCUCGCGUUUCAUCAGCGAAGGACGACGAACACAUUGUGACUUCUGAAGAGUCGUCGGCUAUUCAUAUCAGUAACUGUUCAAAUAUUAAUUCAAGUAAUUCCAGUCAUGGAACUUCUAAACGUGAUGCUAACAUUUAUAUUGUUGGUGCCGUUCAAAACCUGCCAUUUCGCCGUCAUAGUCCGCGCAAAGUUAUUCGCAAAGUUUAUACUGGUAGUCUCACCAUACCGAAAAUACUUAAUCGCAAAAGAAUUCCUACUCUACCUACUAAUCCAUUAGGCGGUCCGAGUGUUUGCAUGACAGUUACGUCUACCAAUUCUCUGACGAAUACUUUGGCGACUAAUUCUAUCGUUAGCGCUGUUUCAUGUUCGACAUCAAGCAGUUCAGUUGGGCUAAACUCAUGUGCACCAACCCUUCUUUUCCAUGACACUCAGUCGGUACCCAUUUAUUCUGCAGCAACUCAACUCAGACGCUUACAAGCUACUGCAACAUCGUUAAGCAUCGUGCAAAAUCCUGUAUCAACUACUGAGCAAUCAAAAAUAAACGUUCCUCCUUUAGCUGUUGUACCUUCAGUUAUAACUGAUCCACAGACUGUAACCAAAGUAAAGAUACAGAAUUCCGAUAUCACAGCUACACGUCAUGACGCUCUUGAUCAACCGGAGGCAAGUGCAUCAAUUGAAACUACUAAUCACGAAGAUAUACCUACAGAAUACCUGUCAGGGUCUGUGACUGUCGGACGUGUUACCAGUGAAAAUUACUGUGAACAGAAUAUCUCAAAAGCAAAUCCAGCUGAUGCUAAUGAUUCCAUUACUAAAACGCCGGAAAAUGAAGUGGAUGUAAAAGAUUUCGUAAGUGAAGUGUUUCAUCUAAGAUACUCAUGCUCACCAUGUUUUUUUCGCAAGACAAUUUUAUUGCACACUGAUAAACUAUAG